GAGUUUAAUGCUGAAAUAUCUUUAACUCAACAUAUAGAAUCUAUUAAUGCUAUUAUUCACAAAUAUAUUAAUUCUCAUUCAACUUUAUUAGACAUUACUUCUUCAUCAACAGUUCAUGUCUUUCUAAAAUUGGUCAACAAUUUGAGAAAUAUUUUAACUGAUGAGGGUUUAAUUCAAGAGGUAAAGCUAUCUAAUAUUAAUUCUGUUAAUAAUCAAGAUCAAAAGAUAAUUUAUAAUCCAUUGCAAGCUAAUGCAAAAAGAAAACCUAGUAAGAGAUUGAAAUUAUCUGGGAAAAUUAUUUCAAAGGAAUCUAUAGAAAAAGUUAAUAAUGUUCAUGUUCGUUCUAGAGAUAGAUAUAUGUGUUGCAAUUGCUUUAAAGAUGAGCAUAAUGCAUAA